AUGCGGAUGCAGUUCGAAGUGGAGGAUCUCGAAGUGGCAUCGCCCGCGACCGUCUCUCGUUGUGGGAUGAUCUACAUGGAGCCGGAGAGUCUUGGCUUCCAGCCUUUCUUCGACUCCUGGCUCGAGGCCUUGCCCGAGACCUUCUCCUUCAAGCCAAUCCUGGCUGAGACAUUGCGAAGACUGCUCGAGGAGGUCGUGCCGCCUUGCAUCGCCUACGUGAACAAGAAGACGGUCAGAUGUGUCACUACGACCGACAACAACACCAUCCAGGCUUUGUUCAAGCUGAUGGAUUGCUACUUCGUGAACUAUCAACCGACGGAGCUGAAGCCUGCGGCCUCUUUCAAAGAUUCCAUCGCAGAGCUUGUCGAGGACUCAGCCCGACAAUACUCGCAGGGCAGAGGGCUGCAGACAGAUGCGGUCUCGAACUUGGUCCCUCUCUUCUUCUUCUGCCUGAUCUGGUCUGUUGGAGCUACGUGUGAUGCGAAGAGCCGAAAGGGCUUUAACGACCUGGUCUGGGCGACGGUGAAUGAAGAUUUGCGGCCAUCGAUAGUCGAAGAGCUGGAGAAAGCUUUCCUAACGGCCUCUGCCCCAGUGCCAGUUGGCGCAUCGGUAGAGAUUUGGAAGCUUUUUCUGACUUCCCGCAACCCCAAAGCCGAAGGGAAUCCUCCGAUAAAGUUGCGGUACGCCUUUCAAUGCUAUUACCGAUGUGUGGGUGAUGUCCUGAGUCCCCGGGUGCGUAUGCUUUCCGGGCUCGUGCAGCUUUUCAGUAGCCACUGUACAUCUCUGCCCAAAUUGGAACGACACAGAGAAGAGUAG